CUUGCAAAUCCCACGCUUGUCCAUAUCAGAGCGCUCCCUCCUCUGAUCUGUAGCGUCCAUAAACGCCGUUUUCUUAUUCAAUGAUCGAGUGGACUCUGAUUUGGCUUUCAUUCUUGUAAUUUUUCACUCUCUUUCUUCCUCUCUACAUAUUCUCGACUUGGUUUCCCCCCUGAAAAUCGCUGCAAUUCCUGUUGAUCGACCCAUCUCGGUCUUUGGUUGAGGAUUAUUUGGAUUAGCAGAGCCUACUUCAGGGAGGCUUCAAUGGCGGAAAGUGGUUCAGAAACUGAGAUGGAACGUGUAAAAGAAGGGCAUGGAGGUGGUCAACAGCUCCUACAGACGCUUUAUUCAGAGCUUGAUAAAGAACGAGAAGCCUCAGCCACUGCAGCAAGUGAAGCCCUAUCGAUGAUUCUGCGUUUGCAAGGAGAAAAAGCUGCUUUGAAGAUGGAAGCAAGUCAAUAUCAAAGAAUGGCAGAGGAAAAGCUUUGCCAUACUGAAGAGUAUCUUGCUGGUUUUGAAGAUAUGAUAUAUCAAAAAGAAAUGGAAAUCGCUUCUCUUGAAUUUCAAGUCCAGGCUUAUAGGUAUAAACUCUUGAGCUUGGAUUGCCCUGAUUUGGGUUCUUGUGAGCCCAGAUUUGCUGAUAAGUUCUUGCUUCAAAACAAGGAUUUGGUCACUAAUGGAGUCACUAAUGGAGUCACUAAUGGAGAAAUUGGUGUAAGUGGCUAUGUGAGAAGAGCAAAGUCUCUGCCUCUGACUCAACUUGAUGAAUUGUAUUAUAGAAAAUCUGUUGCAGAAAUGGAGAGAUUUGAGAUUCUUACACCGGAUUGCUGCCCGAGUAUCGUGGAACGUUCGAACUGCUGUUCGUCGAAACCGAUCGAGAUGUUAGAUGAACAAAUAAAAGAGAUAUCUGAUUCUAAAGGGAGUGGUGAAGAUAGAUCCAAAAGUUUGAAUGGUGGGAGUGUUGUUGGCCAUUCAAGGAUUCAAGAUCAUCCUGAUGUUGUAGUAAGCCCCAAAAGUUGUGGUUUGUCAACUGUUCAAGAUAUUUUCGAGAUCCCAGAGGCGAACCAAGCUUGUCAAACUCGGAUCCAACCACAGGAGAAGUCGAUUUUCGAAGGCGAAAAUCGACUAGGAAAGCCAGACCCAGUACUGAUUGAACCAUUCAAACAGCACCAUAAAGAUGUGGAGCAAGCCAGAACAAAGAAAGCUUCUAGUUGCAAAAGCCAGAAGAACAAAUCAUCAAAAGUAAGGAAAGUAAAAGCUGUAGGUUCCAGCACGAUUCCUGUUCAGGAACAAAUCGACGAAAUCGUUGCUGAAUCUCAACCUUUUCAGCAACUUUGUCGUGCAACGUAUCAGCUCGAACAGAAUAUAGACAGUAUAAGGCAAGAGAUUAGUAGUGCAAAGGUGGAAGAGAUGAAACUGCUGAAGGAGAUACAAGAACAGCUGAAUUCUAUUCAAUCUGAGAUGAGAAGUUUGAAAAUCGAGCAGCGCCCGGAACCGGAUAACUCGAUGUUCGACCUUCUGCAAGAGGCAAUGGUGUACUUUUGGUUUUGAUUAAGCACUGUGUUCUGUUCUAGCUUGACAGCAGCAGCCUACAGCCGUGAGAAGCUUAACAAAAGAGUUUCGGUUUUGACUGAGAUUUAAUGAUGAUAUUCUGAUUUAGUAUGCGUUGGAUUUGAGUUCAUAGAAUGUAUAAAAGAGUGUAUAGAACAGAUUCUAUACUGUAUAUAAAUCAGUACAUGACAGGAGUGAAGCAGCAUGUCUUUAGCAGAAAUCUAUGUAGUUACUUCUUCAUUUGCCUCUAAUUCUUUUGUGAAAUACAGUUGUGUUUGUCCUACAGUUCUUCGUUUUAUAUGUGAGAUGAGACGCCGAUUUCUUCAUGUAAGAGACAACGACCCUCUUUGUAUUUUCACGAUGGUAUGAUAUUGACUACUUUGGGCAUGGACCUUAUGACUUUU